GUUUGCCAAGGAAAAGUGGGACGUGACGCUGCCGAGCUACUUCGAUGAUUACAUCACUGGAGAGCGCAUCCCGUCCUGGGAGGACAACCUCCGACAUGCCACCGCCAUCAAGAUCAUCGACUUAGCCAUAGGCUCGAUGCGGGCAUUUGGCUUCGAGCCGAUCGAGAUGCUCCACGGCACUGAACCUCGAUUUGCCUUUGACUCCGAGGGUCUUACUGAGCUUGCGUGGCGCGGGUUUCACUGGUUCGGACCGACGGACAUCAAGUAUGCCUCCAAUGGCGUUUGGGGUAUCAAGCUCGUGGAGGAUCUCAUGGAGAAGUUUGGGACCAAUGGUGAAGUUUUAGGCCCAUUGAUGACGGACUCUGCCUUCUCAGCCCACCUUACCCAUGACGGGGACUUAUAUCACAUUGACAUGUCGGCCCUUGAGCGCUAUCAGCCCAUUGUGGGCUAUGCGCCACUGGGCGGCCGAGCUGCUUUCCGGGCCGAGCACGGGAGGCUGAAAACCGUGUUCAUGUCUUACAACGGCAGCAACUACACAAACUUUGAGGACCCGAAGUCUGACGAGAUGUAUGCCAAGUCAAUCCGACAUGGCUGGCGGAUGGCUGAGGCCUCCAUCAUCGCUUCCCUGCUCUCCAUGACCAACUUGAUCCUACACGUCAAGGAUCUCCAUCUUGAGCUGUCGGCCAGCUUUCAGGUGAUCACGGUCAAUGCCUUUGCUGAGAAUCCGACGCACCCCAUCCGCCGUAUGCUGGAUCCCUUCAUCAGCCGCAGCGUGCAAUCGACGAACGAGAACUUCAAAUUGCUCUUCGAGUACAAAGCCGCUGACUUCACAUUGGCGCCGCUUCCCACCUCCGAACAGCUGAGGCUCCUCCGAGACUUCAUGGAGAGCAAGCCUCUGAAUUUGGCUGACAUGGACAUGACGCGCUACGGCAAGCUUCGGGGUAUGAACGCCAGCGUGUCCUCGAAGGAGGCUGUGGAGGACCCGCGCCUUUGGAGCUGGCGAUGGCACUACAGAGCCCUCAAGGUGCAGAACCUCUACGACGAGCUGCUGCAGUGCUGGCUUGACGUGCACUAUCCAGGCGGCGCAGAGGAGCAGGACAGGCAGAUCCGCGAGGAUCCCGACGUCCAGCGCUGGUGGUCUGUCAUGGUUAGGCAGCUUCAACCUCUGCGUCGAACGCUGGAAACAGCGCCUGACUUCGCCACAGCCACGCCCACUGCAGCAGGCCUGCGCCAGACACUGCGAACCAUCCUGGUGUGGGUUUCGUGGAUUCAUGAAGACGUGGGACAUUCCGCAGCCUCCUAUGUCUACAACCCGGUGUACACACCCAUGUGCGUGCCUGAGGAUGGCUCGGGCGUUCCUGUUCUCUCCUUCGCUUGGAAUACAGCUGCUUACCGUGGUUUCGUAUUUCUGGAGCGCGCCGCGUUACUGGAGGACCCUCCGGGAUUCUGGUUUGACUCGGUCGAAUGCAAAGGGGUUUGGUGGUGGCGCCACUGCGCAGCUCCCAGCGAGGAUAAAUCCCUCCGCUGCUUCACUCGCUUUCAGGAGCAGCUGCGGAAGCUUGGAGAAGAAGACAAGGCCUUCUCCGAGUGUGAGAAGAACGGCUUUUAUAGCUGUGUGGGCCGGGUUGAGACUGCUGUGUCCAGCUGA